CCCUAACAGAAUGUACAGAAUAUCCCCUGACUGAAUAUACAAAGCAAGCAGAAUAUGCUUGCAGGUUGUGACACGUGGCGGUCGGGUGGCAAUGUGCAUAUACGCCACUUGGCAAGAGGGUUUUAGCUCGUCGAUUGAUCGAGAGGAAGAAGAGAAUGGCUGCUGUUGGGCCUGGGCCGGUGGCGACGAGGGAGUAUGUUCCUGGCGAUGCCAAGGAGACCAAGACCAAGGUCUUGGAGUCCGGCGCUUCAAUCCUCCAAAGCUUCGCUCCAGUGAACAAGAUCCAUCAACAUCUUUGCGCCUUCCACGGCUAUGGACACGACAUGAGCCGCCAGGUAGAAGCCCACCACUACUGCGGCCAUGUAAACGAAGACAUGCGGCAGUGCGUUAUAUACGACAGCGAUGACGCGAACGCGAGGCUCAUCGGCAUCGAGUAUAUCAUCUCCGAAGCUCUCUUCAUGGGGCUGCCGGACGAGGAGAAGAAGCUCUGGCACUCUCACGAGUACGAGGUGAAGAGCGGCAUCCUCUUCUGUCCGGGCCUGCCCGAGAUGGCCGAGCACGCCGAGCUUGCCAAAGUCGCCAAGACGUAUGGCAAGACGUUCCACUUCUGGCAGUUUGAUCGAGGAGACGCGCUGCCUCUGGGGCCGCCGCAGCUCAUGAUGUCCUUCACAAAGGAUGGUCAGCUCCACGAUAAAUUGGCCAAAGAUGUCGAGGAACGAUAUGGCGUCUCGUUUGCUGCGAAGAAGAAGAAGCGAGCUGAUAUGAAAGGACCCGACCUUGGAAUUCAUUCCCUGGCUGACUACUGGGAGAAAGGAAAAGGCUUCCAAACUGUCGUUAAGGAGAUGUAGGCGUGGUGUUAGUCCAGGAACUAGAAACUAAAAGUGAAUGAUGUUCUUCAAAAGGCACCUGGAUUACACGCUUGUCUAGAGCCUCUCUUUGACUAUGAAUGUACGCAGCGUGGUGCCUCCUCUUUCCAUCA